AUGAACGAGAUCUCCCUGGAGGAGUUGAAUGGGAGCCAUCAUGACUCCACUUCACAGCUCAACAUGCAGGGUGUCUUCCUCCACAUCCUGGUUGAUGCCCUCGGCUCUGUCAUCAUUGUGGUCAGCGCUCUUCACCUACAUGUGGCAGCCUUGUCAUGCAGGAGAGACCUGUGUCAACCCAUGCUACAACAGCCAUGACUACACUAACCACCACCAACAACCAGUCAAUGCUACACUGGUCACCAUGCUUGGUAGUAGUACCCAGACUACAGUGCACCUCGCUGGGCCUUGCUGGGGGCUCUACCUCGACCCCAUACUCUGCAUCAUCAUGGUGGCCAUCUUGCUCUAUACCUGAAGGAGUCAGCCCUCAUCCUCCUGCAGACUGUUCCUAAACAGAUAAACAUGCACCGGCUGCUGGGGAGGGUCAGGAGCCUGGAUGGUGUAUUGGCUGUCCACGACUUACAGAUCUAG